AUGGCCAUGAGGUCGAUCCUGUUUUUUGGUGCCCUUUUUGGGCAUAUCUACUGUCUAGAAACAUUUGUGGGAGACCAAGUUCUUGAGAUUGUACCAAGCAAUGAAGAACAAAUUAAAAAUCUGCUACAAUUGGAGGCUCAAGAACAUCUCCAGCUUGAUUUUUGGAGAUCACCCAGCACCCCAGGGGAGACAGCCCACGUCCGAGUUCCCUUUGUCAGCGUUGAGGCAGUCAAAGCAUUCUUGGAGUCCCAGGGAAUUGCCUAUUCCAUCAUGAUUGAAGAUGUGCAGAUUUCCCAAGAAAUGGAUAACCUCGUGGCUGAGCACCCUGGUCUAGUGAGCAAAGUGAAUAUUGGCUCUUCUUUUGAGAAGCGGCCUUUGAACGUGCUCAAGUUCAGCACCGGAGGAGACAAGCCAGCUAUCUGGCUGGAUGCUGGGAUCCAUGCUCGAGAGUGGGUUACACAAGCUACGGCACUUUGGACAGCAAAUAAGAUUGCCUCUGAUUAUGGAAAGAACCCAUCCAUCACUUCCAUUCUGGACACCCUGGAUAUCUUCCUCCUGCCAGUCACAAACCCUGAUGGAUACGUGUUCUCUCAAACCAAAAAUCGUAUGUGGCGGAAGACCCGGUCCAAGGUAUCUGGAAGCCUCUGUGUUGGUGUGGAUCCUAACCGGAACUGGGAUGCAGGUUUUGGAGGACCUGGAGCCAGCAGCAACCCUUGCUCUGAUUCAUACCAUGGACCCAGUGCCAACUCUGAAGUUGAAGUGAAAUCCAUAGUGGACUUCAUCAAGAGUCAUGGAAAAGUCAAGGCCUUCAUUACCCUCCACAGCUAUUCCCAGCUGCUGAUGUUCCCCUACGGGUACAAAUGUACCAAGCCAGAUAACUCUGAUGAGCUGAGUGAAGUGGCCUAAAAGGCUGCCCAAUCUCUGACAAGCCUGCAUGGCACCAAGUACAAAGUGGGACCAAUCUGCUCUGUCAUCUACCAAGCCAGUGGAGGAAGCAUUGACUGGUCCUAUGAUUACGGCAUCAAGUACUCAUUUGCCUUUGAACUGAGAGACACAGGGCACUAUGGCUUCCUCUUGCCAGCCCAUCAGAUCCUUCCCACAGCUGAGGAGACGUGGCUUGGCUUGAAGGCAGUUAUGGAGCAGGUGCUAGACCACCCCUAUUAGGGCCCUGAGGAAGAAACAAGAGCCAUUAAAAUCUCUUUGGUUUGAAG